UCCACCCCUCACCUGAUUCACCUGAGACAAACCAGGAAACAGUUUGUUCUUCUUCACUAAAGAGACACAGACUGAAAAACAGACGAUCAGAUUCACCUUCAGACCAAACCAACAACUUCCUCUGAGUGAGUCCAGCUACAGGAGAGAGACGUGGGAAACUACAACACUGCUGCUUCAACCUGCUGAAACUCCACACUGAAGCUUCACUCACAGACUAAAUGGCUUCCAGGUCAGAGGAGGAUUUCUGCUGUCCUGUCUGUCAUGACGUCUUUAGAGAUCCUGUUGUUCUGUCAUGUAGCCACAGCUUCUGUAAAGACUGUCUGAAGAGCUGGUGGAGAGAGAGACCAACACUUGACUGUCCAGUUUGUAAGAGAAGAUCCCCAAAGGAUCAACCACCUUUAAACCUGGCUCUAAAGAACCUGUGUGAGGCCUUCAAACAGGAGAGAGAUCAGAGAUCUUCAGAGUCUCUCUGCAGUCAGCACUCUGAGAGACUCAAACUCUUCUGUCUGGACCAUCAGCAGCCAGUUUGUGUCGUCUGCAGAGAUUCAGAAAAACACACCAACCACAGAUUCAGACCCAUCGAUGAAGCUGCUCGACAACACAAGAAGGAACUUCAGGAAACUCUGGAGCCCUUAAAGAAGAAGUUAAAAGAUUGUGAACAAGUUAAAGAGGAGUUUGAUCAAACAGCAGAACACAUUAAGGUCCAGGCCCAACACACAGAGAGGCAGAUUAAGGAGCAGUUUAAGAAGCUUCAUCAGUUUCUAGAGGAGGAAGAGGAGGCCAGGAUCACUGCUCUGAGGGAGGAAGAGGAGCAGAAGAGUCAGAUGAUGAAGGAGAAGAUGGAGGCUCUGAGCAGAGAGAUAGCAGCUCUGUCACACACAGUCAGAGUCACAGAGGACGAGCUGAGAGCUGAAGACGUCUCAUUCCUGCACAACUACAAGGUUACAGUGGAAAGAGUCCAGCAGCGCCCCCUGCUGGAUGAUCCACAGCUGGACUCAGGAGCUCUGAUAGACCAGGCCAAACAUCUGGGCAACCUGACCUUCAACAUCUGGAACAAGAUGAAGGACAUGGUCUCCUACACUCCUGUGAUUCUGGAUCCAAACACUGCUCAUCCAGACCUCAUCCUGUCUGAGGAUCUGACCAGUGUGAGAUUUGGAGAGAAACAGCAGCUUCCUGACAAUCCAGAGAGGUUUGAUAACUUCCUCAUUGUCCCGAGCUCUGAGGGUUUUAACUCAGGGACUCACAGCUGGGAUGUUGAAGUUGGAGACAAUACAUUCUGGUCAGUGGGUGUGUUAGCAGAGUCUGUCCAGAGGAAGGGAAUCGUAAAGUCUGGAUUCUGGGGAAUAUGGUUCCAUGCAGGUAAAUACUCAGCACAUUCACCACCAGCUCCACCCACUGAUCUGUCAGUGAAGAAGAAGCUCCAGAGGAUCAGAGUGAAUCUGGACUGGAACAGAGGAAGAUUGUCGUUCUCUGAUCCUGAUACUAACACACACAUACACACCUUCACACACACUUUCACUGAGAAGCUGUUUCCAUACAUUAGCACUGUUGAUAAACUGAAGAUCUCACCACUGAAGGUCUCUGUGACAGUGGAACAGAGCAGUUACAGAUAAAGAGGAUGAUCAUUUUUAUAAUGUUGUUUAUGUCUUAAAGGGAAAAGUCAGUGAAUUUAAGGUGUGAAGCUGCACCUGUCCUCCUGCUGCCUCAUUACUGCAAAGCUCUGUUUAUGUUCCUUUUAGCUAUCACUGUUUCUUAAUUUCUUUUUAUUGUUGUUUUAUUUUAAUAAGUUGCUUUUUAUAUCUGUUCACAACUUUUUAAUCUUUAAAUUUAUUUCACAAUGUCAUUUUUUCCACUUCACAAAUCCUGAGCUUUAUUUACAUUGCUAUAUUCUCACUCCAUUAGAAUUGAACUGGAUUAAUUAAUUAUCUUUUUGUGUUAACAUGGUCCAAUCAGAGGGGAUCACAUGACACAGAAUAAUACAACAUAUAAAUAACAACAAACCACAGGUUUUAGCUUUAAAGCAGUUGUUGCUAAUAUGAAGACAAAAUGAAAUCAUGUUUUACACAGAAAAACAAUUUAAAAGUUACUGGAUUAAACCAAGUUUUAGUUUAUUCCAGAUCUCAAUCAUCCAUUUUGUCUUUAAAUGAGGAAAAACUAGAUCUUUAAUCAAACCAGAAUUGAAUGGUUUCCAGUAUGAAAUGACUCCCAGCAGCUGGGUGACCAGUGGGAAUAAUAAAGGGCUCCUGGGCCUGUUCAGUAAUCCACCCAAACUGAAGCAUGUUACUGAUUUUAAUUGAACUGACUUAAAUGAUAAACUGCACAAUUUAGAGUGAAAAUAGUGCAACCAUUACCUGUGUGUUAUAAGAUUUACAAAUGUCAAUAAAGUUUUGUCAAGUGAAAGAAAUCUUCACUUAAUUUGUUCAUUUGUCUCAACAAACCACAGACUGUAUCUGUCUCUCUCUUUAUGUACAAUUUGAUUAAAGGAGGCAGCAAAGUCUCACAAACCUUAAACUCUGUGAGAAAAACAACAUUUUGUC